GCUAGCCCCGCCCCCCGCCUUCCGCCGUCCUAGUCUGCGGCCGCCUCUGAAGACCCCGAGGGUUCCUCAGUUUCGCGCUUGUAGACGCCGAGUUUCCUGUGCCGUUAUCAUGCCGCGUGGAAGCCGAAGUCGCACCUCCCGCGUGGCCCCUCCGGCCAGCCGGGCACCACAGAUGAGAGCUGCACCCCGGCCAGCACCAGUGGCUCAGCCACCAGCUGCGGCUCCGCCAUCUGCUGUGGGCUCCCCAGCGGCUGCCCCCCGCCAGCCUGGCCUCAUGGCCCAGAUGGCGAGCACUGCAGCUGGUGUGGCCGUGGGCUCUGCUGUUGGCCACACUAUCGGUCAUGCCAUCACUGGGGGCUUCAGUGGAGGAAGUACUGCUGAGCCCGCAAGGCCUGAUAUCACUUACCAGGAACCGCAGGGAACUCAGCCGGCUUACCAGCAGCAGCAGCAGUUUGGGCCCUGCCACUAUGAAAUGAAACAGUUUUUGGAGUGUGCCCAGAACCAGGGUGAUCUUAAACUUUGUGAGGGUUUCAGUGAGGUGUUGAAGCAGUGCAGAUUUGCAAACGGAUUAGCCUAAUCAAGAAGUUGAAGACAUGGAAAAUCACCACUCAUGACCAGUUAAUUUAGCAUAAAAAUGUCAUUAGUAGUAAAAUGCAAAGGGUGAAGCCACCGAUAAAGCCUAUUCUCAGUAGCUUCCUUGCUUCCAAAAAUUUGCAUGGAAUAGGUAUUAUUCUCUCACCCACAGGCUGGUCCAUGAGUUGGUACUGAGUUUGGGGCUGAGCAAAUGCUUGUGUGGCUUCCCUAAACACCAUUACAAAAACCAGCUUUUGUAAUGUUACAGUGUAUUGAUUAGAAUAAAGUGAUUUUCUUCCA